AGUUGUAUUUUUGAGUCUCUUAUGUUUAGAGCUUUAGUUUGUUUGUUUGUUUAUUUGACCUCUUUUAUGGGCCCAAAACUUUAUCUUUUGUUGUAAUGAUUUUUUUGGUAAAUAAAACCCUUUUGCUUUAAAUUUCCCUCUUGACUCCUCAUGCCUAACUGCCUGGUCCCUCACACAUGGUGGCAGUGGUGGGAUUAGCCAGUUGAGGAGUACAAGAUUUUUUUUUUUUCUUCUCCAUUUUUGGGAAACAUGCGAGGAGGGAGAGUGACAAGAGGUGGCCGGACAGAGAAUAAGAAGACUGAGUCAACCCAUAUAGAGAGAGGACACCAGGUGGAAGGUGAGGAUGCAAUGGAAGGUGAAGCACUAAAUGGAGCAUCAAGUGCUGAGGAUGAAGAUGGCAAAGAACCAACGCUGAGUGACUUGGCUGGGAUUAUGCGGUCAUUUAUGGGUCAACAGGAGACCCGGGAAGCAAAAUUGAGAGAGGAAGCCAACCGCCAGGAGUACCAGUUCAAAGCACUACAGCAUCAGUUUCGCCUUUUGCAGCAGGAGGUAGAGGUUCGCACAUCUCCAGUACCAGAGCCUGCUUCCACAGUGCCAGAUCCCUCUGAAAACUAUGAUUUGAAUGUGAAUCACCCAGAGGACGAAGCCUCACCCUCUGUACAGUCAAUCCACCCCACCAUGUCUUCAGCAGGUCAGUCUCGAUCUAUUCAUGAGCCUAGACUGGAAAAAUUUACAGAAAAUGAUGAUGUUGAACACUUUUUAAUUACUUUUGAGAGAAUUGCAGUAGCAUGUCGGUGGCCAAAAGUGGACUGGGUUUUUCGUCUCCUCCCACUACUGACUGGUAAGGCCAGAGGAGCCUAUGUGCAUAUGGAUGUAGAUGAUGCUCAUGAAUAUGAUAAAGUAAAAACGGCAAUUCUGAAAAAAUAUGAUAUUAACCCUGAGACCUACAGGCAGAGGUUCAGAUCCCUCCAUGUGGAACUUGAAGAAAGCCCCAAGGAGCUGUAUGUGAGGCUUAAAGAGCUGUAUGUAAAAUGGAUCCAACCGCAAGGUAAAACACUUCAUGAAAUUAGUGAAAUCCUUAUCAUGGAACAAUACUUGAGAAUGCUGUCCCCUGAGCUUCAGGUUUGGGUAAAGGAGCAUGGGCCAAAAUCUGCUGCUGAAGCUGCCACACUGGCUGAUGUGUGUGUUGCUGCUCGGAAAAAAGGCCAGCCAUGGAGUAGUAAGGACAGCCACAGGCCCAUACCCCCUCCGUACCAACAGAGGCCAGCGCCAGGAGUGGGUAAGCCUCCCAUGAGGGAGAACAAAUAUGCACCACCUAGAGCUCCUAAUAGAUUGCCCAUUUGUUACUUGUGUGGACAGGAAGGUCAUGUUAAACCAAUGUGCCCAAAGAAUCCAGCUAAGCUGACACAGAUGUGUUUUGUUCCACGCCAGAGUGCUAACCCUGAACCCAAAGGUAACCACACCAUGAAAAUGGUUUGGGUUAAACUCAAUGGGGAAAACCUCAGAGCCCUGAUUGACACUGGCAGCACCCAGACCCUUGUACAGAGAAAAUAUGUACCAACUAAUGCUAUCUGUACCCUGGAGACUGUCCCUAUUUGCUGUGUACAUGGUGAUGAGAAGCAUUACCCCACUGCUGACAUUUAUCUGGAGAUAGAGGGACAGAUGUAUCUAUUAAAUGUGGGGGUUGCAGAUCACUUGCCUUUCCCGGUAGUUUUGGGUGAAGAUCUGCCAGUUCUCUAUGACUUGAUAAAGCCGGUGCAAAGUUGUAAUGUGGUCACUAGAGCACAAGCUCAACAGGUGGAGGUAGAUUCCAUAGCCCUCAGUGCCUUGCCCUUCUAUAACGAAGAGUUUGAGAUAUGUCCCGGGAAAGCUCAUAAGACUCGUAGUCAGAGGAGGCAAGACAAAUUUCAGGGCACGGCUAUACAACCACCAGCUGAGGCCACUCCAGACCUGCCCUUGGGUUUUCAAAUACCUACAGAUAUAAUACAAAUGCAGGAAAAUGAUCCAACUUUGUCUACACUUUUGCAGAGGGCACAAGGAAGGAAGCAGGAGACUAAUACUAAGAGUGAGCAAAAUGAGUAUGUCCUACAGAACGGUGUUCUUUACCAUCAGAAUGGCCAGGUGAAGCAGCUAGUGGUCCCACAGGUGGCCCGAGAAAUAGUACUUACCUUGGGUCACUCCAUUCCCUGGGCUGGCCACUUAGGGAAACAUAAGACCACAGCUCGUAUUAAGCGCCAUUUCUACUGGCCAGGUUUGCAAACUGACGUCGCCCAGUUCUGUAGAAGCUGCUCUCAGUGCCAAAAGACAUCAAUGAAAAGCCCCUCCAAAGCUCCACUUCAACCUCUCCCAGUUACAAGUAUCCCCUUUGAGCGUCUUGGGAUGGACAUUGUUGGUCCGGUGGAGAAAAGUAAAACAGGAAACCGCUUCAUGUUGGUAGUAACCGACUAUGCAACUAAAUAUCCAGAAGUCUUCCCAUUGAAAUCAGUUAAAGCAAAAACUGUGGCUUUUUCCUUGGUGCAAUUUUUCUCAAGAGUUGGUUUCCCUUGUGAAAUUUUAACAGACCAAGGUACUAAUUUCAUGUCUAAACUUUUGAAACAGGUUUACCAACUCCUUGGCAUAAAAAGAGUGCGCACUACGCCAUACCACCCGCAAACAGAUGGGUUGACAGAGCGGUUCAAUCAGACCCUCAAGCAAAUGCUCCGUAAGUUUGUGAAUGAGACUGGAUCUGAUUGGGAUCACUGGCUUCCCUACCUCCUCUUUGCAUACAGGGAGGUACCUCAGGCUUCCACAGGUUUUUCCCCUUUUGAACUACUCUAUGGUCAUGAGGUGAGGGGUCCUCUAGCCUUAUUGAGGGACACUUGGGGAGGAGAUCAGGGGAAGGAAGGGACUAUUAAUGUAAUUUCCUAUGUUGUCCAGAUGAGGGAGAAACUGCAGCGAAUGGGGGAACUAGCCCAGACACACAUGAUGGAGGCCCAAAAGCACCAAAAGACUUGGUAUGACAAGUCAGCUCGACAGAGAGGCUUUCAACCGGGCCAGAAAGUCUUGGUUAUGUUGCCUACCAGUGACAGUAAGCUCCUUGCAAAAUGGCAGGGGCCUUUUGAGGUGAAGAAAAAGUUGGGGGCCACCACCUAUCAGGUCUCCACUCCAGGGCAUCAGCGUUCUAGCCGGGUGCUUCAUGUGAACCUCCUCAAGGAGUGGGUCCCAAGAGCUGAGGUGUUCCUGAUUCAGGCUGUAAAGGAAGAGGAGGAGGCAGAUGACCAUUAUCUGCCCUUGCCAGUGUCCAGAGAGCUUGAUGUAAGCCAUCUGUCAAAGGAUCAGCAGUCUCAGGUACAAACUCUACUUCACACAGACAUAUUUCAAGAAUAUCCAGGGCGCACAAACCUGGUUGAACAUGACAUUGUAUUAAAACCUGAUGCAACAGUGAGACGUAUGAGUUUCAGGAUACCAGAGCGCCUCCUGGUGUCCUUGAAGAAGGAAGUUGAUCUCAUGCUGUCUCUGGGGAUAAUUCAGCGAUCCAAGAGUGAGUGGUGCAAUCCUGUGGUGCUGGUUCCAAAGAAGGAUGGAACAAUAAGGUUCUGUAUAGACUUCAGGUAUCUAAACUCAAUUUCAAAGUUUGACUCUUACCCCACCCCACGAAUUGAUGAUCUCAUUGACCGUCUUGGAAAAGCAAAAUAUCUGACCACCAUUGACCUCUGUAAGGGCUACUGGCAAGUGCCCCUGGCCCAGCAAUCUCAGGAACUGACGGCCUUCCGAACUCCCUGGGGGCUUUUCCAGUUUACGGUGUUACCAUUUGGGCUGCAUGGGGCUCCAGCAACGUUUCAAAGAUUAAUGGACCAAGUUCUCUAUGGAUUGUCUGAGUUUUCUUGUGCUUACCUUGAUGAUAUUGUUGUCUACAGCACAACAUGGGAGGAACAUGUGGAGCAUCUCAAAGUGGUCUUUGACCGCCUCCGUUCUGCCGGCUUGACAAUAAAUCCAGCUAAAUGUGUCCUGGCCAAGAAGGAAACAGAGUACCUGGGUUUCGUCAUUGGAGGUGGGUUAAUUAAACCUCAGGUUCAAAAGAUCCAUGCAAUUGAGUCAUGUCCUCUCCCACAGACCAGGAAGCAGUUAAGAUCUUUCCUGGGGAUGGCUGGCUUCUACAAUCGGUUCAUCCCCAACUUCUCAGCCAGGGCGGCUCUGCUAACGGAUAAGACGGGCUCAAGAUGUCCCAACCAGGUUCAGUGGACAGGGGAGGCAGUGGCUGCUUUCAAGGACAUUCAGAAAUCUCUCAGUAAGAGCCCUGUUUUACAUAGUCCAAACUUUGAGAAACUGUUCAUAUUACAGACUGAUGCCUCUGAGAGGGGUGUGGGGGCAGUGCUUCUACAGGGACCCAAGGAGGAACGACAUCCUGUGGCGUAUAUCAGUCGGAAACUUCUACCCAGAGAGGUCCGCUAUUCGACAGUGGAAAAGGAGGCCUUGGCAGUCAAAUGGGCCCUGGACUCUUUCAAGUAUUACCUGAUGGGCAGAGAGUUUACCUUAGAGUCUGAUCAUAAGGCAUUGCAGUGGUUGGAGAGGAUGAAAUAUACCAAUGGGCGGAUUACCAGGUGGUACCUUGCCAUGCAGCCAUUCCGGUUUACAGUCCAGUACAUCCUGGCAAGUUCAACACCACUGCAGACUAUCUCUCUCGCUGGCCCAGCAGCAGCUCUGAAGGGGGAGGGUGUGUGA